AUGAGAUAUUGCCCUCCAACAACAUGGGAUAUACGAUCCCUUUUAGAGUUGCUCGAUCUUCCAGGACUUGGUUUUCACUUGAGAGAUUGUUUUAGAGCAGUUCUAGAUGCUCUUAACUCACUUGAUAAAACUGUCCGUGGACAAAGAGAGCAUAGUAAGGAUGAAAGUAUUCACACUAGUAAGCGCCCGAGAUUAUCCCUUGUGGUCAUUGCUGAUGGAGAUGAAUGGCCACCGAGACUGCGUGAGCAUAUAGAAGAAGUUUUGGCAAAUGCAGAUUAUCUUAGCGGACCACAUGGCUUGAUGAAAAAGGAUCGAGUCAAGGAUUUUAUUCUUCGAAUGAAGCAUGAUAGCCCAUACGUCAGGCUCUUGCUGACAUGUGAGCUAAGGACAUUUCUGCAUACAUCUCAAGGUGCAGGUGAAUUGAUCUCAGACAUGGAGAUUUGGAACUCGUUGAUUACAUCUUUACUACAGGGAUGUGCAGAAGAUUCAGGAACUAGAGUGGGUCACAGGUUGCAGUUAGCGUGUGCAGAGUGUCUUGGCUCAAUAGGUGCUAUUGACCCUGCCAAAGUGAGAAGUUCUUCAGCCAAUAGUUCUGUGACCAAAUUCGACGAUGAUACUCUUAUAUUCGAGAGUGGACAUGUUAUCUUUGGUGCCUCUAGGCUUGGUGCUGAAGUUGGGAACUGUUGGCUUCAAUAUGCAAAGCUUUGCCGUUUGGCUGGACACUAUGAGACAGCUCACAUGGCAAUUUUGAAAGCGCAGGAUUCUGGUGCACCUAAUGUUCACAUGGAGAAGGCAAAACUUCUUUGGAUCACUAGGGAUUCGGGCAGUGCCAUUGCAGAGCUACGACAGUCUCUCCUGAAUAUGCCUGAGGGAGUUGUUGACUCCUCUGUAAUUUCUUCUAUCACAGGCUUAUUGAUGUCUCCCACAAAUACAGAGCCAAUAGUUGGUAGUAGCGCACGAUCUCUCAGUGACAAAAAAAGAUGUAGCGAAGACUCUUCUUUUGUAUUCAAAAUGGAUACAUUACAGUGGGCAAAAACAAAAGGAAGAUGUUUUAAAUCUUUACACCUCCUUAACGAUAGAGUAGCUAGUUUUUUUACAGGUGUUACGGAUCGAUGA